AUGAAUUUAAAUUAUAUUGUCGAAAAUGUUACUAAGAGUGUUGGUCUAAUUGAUAGCCAUGAAGGUGUAUCUUUUAGUCAAUUCAUGUGCGAUCCAGUUGUUGAAAGUUUUCUUAAAAGUUUUGAUCAAGGUACUGAAAACUUGGUUGAUGGUUGUAUAAACCAGAAACGAGUUGAAGAUGAUGUGAAUGACAAUUUGACUGGUUUUGAGAAAAAUGAAUUUGAUGAUGGGACUGUAAAUUUGGGUGAGGAUGAUCAUAACAAAGAAGUAAUUUCAGAUCAUACUGUUGAUAAAGUUACUAUAGAAAAGAAGAAAGAAGAUGAAUUAAUUCAUCCAAUUUUAUUGAAAGGUUCUGCUGAAGUGUUAGGCGAAAUUUCUAAAGCAAAGAAGGAUGGAGAAGGUGUGGUAAAAGGUGAAGGUGUUGAAGUAGAUUCAGAUUUAGGAAAAACAAUAGAAGAUUGUUCAAAUAAAAAUAAAGAUGGAGAAAAUGCUAAAGAAGGUUUACAAAUUAUACAAUGGAAGGAUUCAAAUGAAACUCAAUCAUUGAAAAAGGACAAAGCAUAA